GCGAAUGGUAUUGUGGAACGGUUCCACAGAACCUUGAAAUCCUCACUUCGGGCACGCUUGUCCAAUAACGACUGGUUGGAACAUCUGCAUUGGGUUUUGCUGGGUCUGCGGACUGCACCAAAAGAGGAUUCAGGUUUGUCACCGGCGGAAUUGACCUUCGGCAUGCAACUCGUCAUUCCGGGUCAAUUGCUUGCAACAUCGGAUUUCAGUUAUGAGCCACCUGAAGUCGAUCGUCUACGUCUAUUUCAUCAGGUUGUACCUCCGGUUCCUUUUAUCAAUCAUGACAAUCGUGGUGAUUGGAUCCAUCCGAAAUUGUCCGAUGCCAAGUUCAUUUUCCUUCGGACUGAUUCCGCCAGGACAGCUUUCCAGAAUCCUUACGAAGGUCCAUAUGAGGUACUGCAAGCUGGUAUUAAGACUUUCAAGAUCAAACGAGGACUCAUUGAAGAAAUCGUCUCGACCGACCGCUUGAAGCCGGCAGUAGUGGAUACAAGCAUUCCCGUAAAUGUUCAUGUGCCUCGCCCCAAAGGGCGACCAAGGAACAAGUCGUGA